GGAGAAAAAAAAAUUACAUGCUACAGAUAUAAAAGAGCUAUCGGCAAAAUUAAUAGAGUGCAGACGAAUUUAUGUUUUCUGUACUUGUGAUUAUUGCAAUAUUACAAAACUAUUGAAGCAUUUGAAGACUUUUAUCACUUGCUCAAAUCGGUUAUUUUUUGUUGUAACCUCCAACGAAAAAAAACAGAACAUGAAAAUGUGGCUUAGAUUAAACAGCAAAAAAACAACAACGGGGAAUAAGCUAUAGAAUGUUAAGGAUUGUUUAGACAUGCCAGGUAGAGAUAAACUGUCGAAUACAACAGAUGUUCCUCAAAUGUUUAUGAAUGGAAAUUAGCUGAUGUAUGUCAGUAGGUAGGUGAACAAUAACUCUGGAGAACAAUUUGACAUGAACAGUUUUCAUAAUAUAAUAAUUCAGAUAAAUAAUAGAUCAGAUCAUUUAUCAAUGGAAUACUGUCAAGGAUUACAGUUUAAAAGUGAACAGGAACUUAAAAACCGCUGUUUUAAGGAGAAUUUUAAUUAUUCUGAAACAGAUCAGUUUAACGUAAAUGGGAAACAACAGUUUCAGAACAAAGCAGUUUGUUUAAAAAGCAAUGUGGAAAGUUCAAAGGAAAAGUUUCAGAAUUUACCUUCAGUACAUUUGAAAACUAAUGGAUUUGAAAGAAGUAGUAAGUUUAAUAAAUACAGUGCAAAAAAUGUUGAAAAUGGAAAUAUGAAACGGCUUGAUUGGGAGAGUAAUUCAGAUGAGGAACUGAUGGAAGGGUCAAAAGAUUUAGGAAAGCAUGUAAUUAGGAAUGAAUAUAGGUUUAUGAAUGAGCGAGGUUUAAGACAGAGUCGACCUGACAUGACCCGUUCCUUAUCAUGUAAUGUAGACAGAGACGUAAGAAUAAGUCACUGGCCUCAGGACAAAUAUAUGCGCUCAUAUUCAUGUGCACCACAACAGUAUGACGUGCUGAUGGCUGCAGAGGAGGAAGGUGCCAUGAAUUUAAGCGCAGAGGGGAAGCAGGGGAAGGAUGAGGGAACUGGUGAGGCAGGAAACAGCCAUGUUAACUCACCUUCAGGUGUGACCAACGGCGAAACAGAACAGCUUUCUCAGGGACUGGCAUCACCUCAGGAAGAUGUUAGGUCGGCAGGGAGUCUCUCCCGACACAAGCCAAGGUCGUCAGAUGAGAGGUCCCCUGACCUUGACCUCAGUGCUGGUUCAAGUCAACAUCAGUCAUUAUUGAUGCUAGCUGCCCAGCAUGGACUCUCCCCACAGCAGUUACAACAGAUGUUGAUGGUUCAACAAGGAGCAACAGCCCCUCCUCAUCUCCAGCAGCUGUUACAGGCACAGCAAUCUGUUGUCAUGCAACAGCAACAGAAGGUGCAGGAGCAAGCAUUGGUGCAACUGAAUGAGCAGUUACAGUUGAAUCUACUGCAGCAGUCCCAGUUGGUACAGGACAAGAAAACUAAUGGGAAACAAACUCAGCAGCAGCUUCAGCAUUUAGCAGUACAGCAGCAGCAGAUUGUGCAACAGAUUCAGCAGAUACAGUUACAACAGCGGCAGCUUCUGCUUGCCUGUCUCAUGCAGCCUUACACUGCUCAGCAAGGUAUUGUUUCACCUGUAGACAUGCACCAAGCAUGGAAAGAGUUAGCGACAUCUCAGGGGACCAGCGAUGACCAUCUCAAGUCUGCCCUUCCAAAUGGGACCAAUAUAGGGGCAUUGAAUGGCAGCGGACUUGGCAUCAGUCCAUUAGUUCAGGGAUCUUUGCUAGGAUUAAAUGGUAUGACUCAGGACACCUUCCCUAUAGGAGCUAUGAUUGGACAGUCGGCUGCAAGCAUUAAAUCAGAAGAAGGAUUUAGUCCACUGUACAGACAUGGAGUGUGUAAAUGGCCUGGUUGUGACACAGAAUGUAGUGAUAUGACGUCUUUUACCAAGCAUUUAUGUGCUGAGCAUACAUUAGAUGACAAAAACACUGCACAAGCCAGGGUACAGAUGCAGAUUGUCUCACAGUUAGAAAUACAGUUAACGAGAGAGAAGGAACUAUUACAUGCUAUGAUGCAACACCUGCAUACCCAACCUCAGAGAAAAAAUCAGGAAACUAUUGACCAUAAAGCCUCAGAAAAAAUUAUCAGUUCUUCUAAAGUGCCAUCCAGUAUUGUUAGUCCCAUUAAAACCAUUUCUGCAGGGAAUAAUUCUCUUCCUGUACUCCAACCAAAGAAGUCGUCGACAAUGCCCCAGCUGAGUACGACUAACUCUGGGCUCGCACCUCUCGUGAUACCUCCACAGUCUUCUCUCAGUUCAGUGACCUCAGCUGGCCCUGGCAGCCUCCUAUCUCAGUCUACACCCUCGACCCCAACUGGGGGUCUAGGACCUAUGAGACGAAGGGUUUCAGACAAGUGCAAUCUUCCAAUAUCAACAGAAAUCCAAAGAAAUCGAGACUUCUAUAAAAGCACAGAUGUAAGACCUCCAUUCACGUAUGCGUCACUUAUUAGGCAGGCAAUAAUAGAAUCUGAGAACAAACAGUUGACAUUGAAUGAAGUAUACCAGUGGUUUCAGAACACAUUUGCCUACUUUCGGAGGAAUGAAGCUACUUGGAAGAAUGCUGUCCGUCACAAUCUGAGUUUACACAAAUGUUUUAUGCGUGUAGAAAAUGUUAAAGGGGCUGUGUGGACUGUAGAUGAAGUAGAGUUCUACAAGAGACGACCUCAGAAACUUACAGGGGCCAUUCCUAGCAGUCCCUCAUUUGCUUCAGACGGAGGUAUCUAUGGAGACCCAAUCAAUGCUAGCAUUAGGGUUGCUAUGGAACAGAAUUCUAUGUUAAUGAACCAUCAGACAAGUAAUGGCAGCAUGAUGGAAGGUGUUGAGGACCUGUCCAUGAAGAGUUUUAACAAUAGUAACGAUAGUUUUGUCAAGUCAGAGUCACCACAGAGGGAUGAUAUGAUGUAUAUGAGACCUGACUCACUGACCUAUCAGCAAGAUUCAAUGAACAGCUCACCUCAAGAUUAUAGCAGUCAGGGUCUAGAUCUCAGUCCGAAGUCUAGUCAGAAUAGUCCUAAAGGGCAAUUAGGGAGUUCCCUGGCGUAUAGCGGUGCAAGCGAACAAUCUAGGCUACAGUCUCAGGAAUCUGAUUUGUCAGAAUCUACAAAUGGAAGAUUUGUGAAUAGUUCUGAGGAACAUUACUUGCACCAUCAGGAACAUUAUUCUAGACAAAGUGAUGAGUCUGUUACCAAUCAAGCUGGCCUAGAUAUGCAAAUUAGUUCCAUACUGCCCAACAGAAGCUGA